AAGCAUGUAUCAUGCUUGACCCUUUCUCCCAUGCACUUUGCUUGAAUUGAACUUGCCUUAUAAACUAAUUGAGUAUGUGUAGCGGCUGUAUGUGCGUCGUAGCAUAGAGUAAUAAAUUGGGGCAGGCUGUCUCCAAUUAGAAAAUCAGAAGGGUCAAGAUUCUUCGAUAUCUCUAGCGCUUCUUUUCUGUUGACCCGCACUUCGUUGCAAAAUCUCAUUCUUAGCUAUGGCCAGCAGUAUGUUUCUGUACUGGGGCUCGGGCUCCCCUCCUUGCUGGAGAGUCAUGAUUGCCCUGGAAGAGAAGAAUUUGCAGGGCUACAAGCAGAAGCUGCUAUCUUUUGAGAAAAAUGAGCACAAAUCGGAGGCAGUUAUGGCGAUAAAUCCCAGAGGACAGCUUCCCUCAUUCAAGCAUGGUGAUAAUAUAAUUAAUGAAUCCUUUGGUGCCUGUUUAUAUUUGGAGAAUCAGUUCAAGUCUCAGGGCACCCAGCUGAUCCCCGAUUCCCCAGCAGAACAAGCACUGGUUUACCAGAGAAUGUUUGAGACACUCACUCUCCACCAAAAAAUGGCUGAUGUAAUUUAUUAUACGUGGAGGGUUCCUGAGAGCGAGCGUCACGACUCUGCUGUGAAUAGGAACAAGGAGGCUCUGAGUGCCGAGCUGCAGCUCUGGGAGGGCUACUUUCAGAAGAUGGAUGCUGGGUCGUAUGCAGCAGGAAAACACUUUACAAUGGCUGAUGUCUUGGUUUUUCCACAGAUUGCUUAUGCAUUCCGCUUUGGGUUGUCCCUGGAGAAGUUCAUCAAGUUAGGGGAGUACCAUAAUCUAGUGAAGAAGCGCCCCAGUGUCGAGGCUUCCUGGCCACCUCACUGGAAAGAAAACCCCCAGGGGAUGGACAUCCUUAAAGACUUCUAAUUAAGCAUCACCUGUGAGGUUUUAUAAGGACUUUGUCUGCCGUACUGACCAAAAUGUUAUGUAAUUGAUUCAUGUAAGACUCCUGUUUAUAUACAGUAAUACAUAAUUUGUGAAGUGCUUCCUUUUCCGCAUUAAGCUUAAGAAAAUAAGUGUUGUCUUGUAAAGUCUAAUCAAGUUAGAUUUAAAACGGUGUUUGAAAUGAACAGUGCGAUUAGGUUUUUAAACAAAAAAAAGUUUAGAUAUCUAAUUUCAUUUAUAUCACUGAUUUAAAUAAUAGUGCUAAAACUUGCUUGUCAGAAAUUGUUCAAUUGUAGCGUAUAAUUAUAGAAAGUGGUUUACAUGCCAUUGAAAAACUGAAGUCCAAUACUAAAAUAUUAUAAAUGAGAGCACAAGUAAUGUUAAAUAGGUUGUUAUCUACGUAUCGGUGCACUAUAUAUGUUAAUAUAAUUAAAACAUCCUGGAUUUUUUUUUUUUUUUUCUUCCCCCUAACAGUAAAGCUUUCUGUAGAGUUGUCUCUUUCAAUUUAAAACCAUAGUUGAUUAAUGAGCCAAGGUGCGUAAUGAUAAAAUGUAAAGGCACUCUCAGUUAGGUAAGAAAACAUAUUGCAGAGAUAGGUACAGUGACUUGACAGCACCUGUAAAUUGUGUCGUAUUUAUACCUUGUCCUAGCAGCAGCUCAUUGUCUGUGUUUGUUGCUACAGUACAUCAAUCCUCCGUUGCACCGCCCCUCAUUUGACCGUGCCCCCCCCCCAAAAAAAAAAAGACUACACUUCAAUUGCUGCUGCUGCCCUUCCACACAGCCACUGCACAGCCUCGUGCGUGAUGCAAUAAACUAACAUGCUGAACAGUCAUAUAUAUGUACUUCAUAGGUUGAAAGUGAAGUGUCUUUAGUAGGCACUGGAUGUGACUCUUCCAUAGGCCAAGCAUGCAUUCCACAAGGUGUGUUUGUUUUUAUACCAUUGUUGUGAAACUCCUACUGCCUUGAAGUGGUCUGUGCAUAGCCACUGUUGCCAAGUAAAAAUGCCACCAUAUUAUCAUUUUUCAAACUGGGUAUACACUGAUUCUGGAAAAUUCUUGAGCAAUAACUUCGGUGUGCUCAACUUUUUGAUUGAAAACCAUUUUUUCCUGUUCCUGUAUUUUUCAUAAUUCACCUUUGCCGGGUGUCUUUUAGGAAUAUGACAUCCAUCUAUGAAGCCGUUACUCCCAGGUACUGGUUUACUGGCACCUACUAAAUCCACACUUUCCAAAUGAAAAUUUGUACUAGCCAAAAACCUUAAGGUUUGCCAAAACAUGUAAAACAGGAGAAGAGGCUUCUCCUGCCAAGUAACAUUGGUAGCUGUACUACAUAUUCUUCAUACAUCUGAAAAUGAUCACAGACUUUAAUGUAAUUGUAAUAGUUUAUAGGAUAACUUCUGUUUAGAAGUUUUCUUCUUUCUGGUCUUAAAGGAGCACCCCUGUGAUCAUUUACAUAGUCCAAGUAAUCAAAUUUUCUUAAGACUGAGGAAAGACUGGAUUUACAGUAAUCUCAAUUUAAACCUGCCCCCUUGCAGGAUUAAAUUAUGCCCUCAUAUAACACUGGACUAUGUCCAAUUGACCUUUGUGAAAAUAACUUUUUCUAGUCAAGAAUUACCAUACUCCAGGAGUAUUUUAAAUAUUGUGCAUGAAAUUAACUUUUCGUUAAUCUUGAAUAUAUGCAAUUUUUUCCAGGGUCAAUGGUAGACGGGGUCUGUGAAACCGAACAGAAAUGCCUGGGAUUUGUCUGACUCUCCUCGAACCCCUACUCACAACCCUAACGCACAAACCUUAAGCCUAAACCCUAAACCAGGGCUUUUCAACUAGUUUUUUAAGGGGGCCAGAUUGGAGGGGGGAACUUAGCAGGAGGGUCAGAAGUAUUUUACUCUGCACAUUUUUAAGCAGUAUAAUAAAUAUUAUGUAGCGUAAUGUUAGUAUAUUGAACAAGACUUACACAUGUUACCAUAUGAAUAGUACUUUAAUAAUAGAACCGUGUGAGCAUUUAACGGAAAAGUGUAUGUGGCACUUUAAUAGUGUAGAUGUUGUACUAUAAUAUUACUAUUAUAUGUUAGCCUUAGGGCAAAAUUCAGGGGUUGUAGUCUAUCAUUAUUAACCUCCUAUUCAACCCCAAUCUCACACUCCUUCUCCGUCAAGCUGUCUUGCAUAUGCUACGACCCAAUCUCUUUGCAAAAUUUAGAAUUCCAUUCUCUGAUGGAAACUUGGUACCAUCUACUUCUAAUGCAGACUUCUCCCAGCAACCAGACCUACUGUCCCGGCAUUACAGAGAUCAAAACGCUGCAGCAGGCAAUAGUUGUUUUAGUUUACCGUUUAAAUCUACAACUGUUCUCCUCCAGAGCUUCAAAUGCUCCAGCUUGCCUCCAGUACUCAUUGUGGCAGCCAUUUCCACUUGACUUCCUCAGCAAUCUAGUUGUAUGUCUGAUUUACAAUGUCAAUGUUUUUGUUUUUUCUUGGUUGCCCCUUGCUGGCCGGGUGUGGCCCAUGGGCCGCCAAUUGAAGAGCCCUGCCCUAAACCAAUAAAAGAAUUAGCAAAUAAUAAUGAAAUAACAUAAAACUGUCUGAUAAAGUCUCAUCCAUAGUCAUUAUGGAUAAGCAAUAAUACUUGUAUGAAGCAAAUAGUUACAAAUCAGGAAUAUUACAUACCAAUAAUUGAACCUUUUUUGGUUCAAAACUGCUAGUGGUUGGUGAAAAAUAAAAUAAUUGGCAUAAAUGCCAAGGUAGUCCCUACUGUACUUUGGAAAAUAUGGGGAACAGUUCCCUUGUCUAAUAUGGACAUUUCUGUUCAUAUACUAUUCAAGAAUUUUUUGAAAUGAUUUAUUCAUUCCCAGUGAGCAAGAAGACAUCCAUGAGAUCAUCUGAGGAAAGUGUUUAAAAUUAGAAAAUCUUUUCAUCUUUCCAGAUUUAUAUAACUUAGCAGACGUUUGCACUCUGAGUAAAGUACUCUUCUAGCACUGAGCCAUUAGCUGCAAUUUAUUGGAUCAUGUAGUGAGAUUCCCAAUAGGUCAAAUCUUAUAGCGUGAAUGGGUUUACACUUAAAAUGUCCCUUUCAGCAUAUUUUACAAAGGGAUAAACAAUGGCAAUCCAAUAACUAACCUUUAAAGCUGGUGCAGAGUAUACAGUACAGCAUACAGUACACCUAUACAGCAUAUCUAUACUGAGGGCCAUAUGUUUUCCUCAGGGUCUUCUUCAGGCUGUUGAAACUGUAGUUUGUUGAUGAUGUAAGUGAUACCAUAUUGUCAUGAAUAUAAGCUUGUGUACCACAUUCCUUCUAAUUUAAAACUCACUUUUUAAAUCAAUGUUUUCUUCUCAUAAACGGCCUGCAUGUUAAAUUCGAGCAGAGUAUAGUGAUGCAUGUAUUAAAAUCGCCAACAAAAGAUGUGACAGCUCAAGUACACAAACAGUAACAUGACUGGCUGGCAGUUGAAGGGUUCCGUAACAGUUUUCCUGCAGAGCAGACGCUCUCCUCCUACAUGGAAACAAAGUAAGCUUUUGUUCGGCGAAAGCAUGAGGCAUUCAAAGAGAAGCUUUUACAAUUUCAGCAUUUCAUUAUUAGGCUCAGAUCUAAUCAGACCCCCAUAUUU